AUGGGGAAUUGUCUGUUUGGAGGGCCAUCAGAAAAUGAUCGUAUAAUCAAGGUCAUAAAUUCAGCUGGUGGCAUCAUGGAAUUCUAUGCUCCCGUCACAGCUGAAUGCAUCACAGACGAGUUUCCGGGCCACGGGAUUUUCCGGGGCAACGAUCUCUUCUGGAAACCAAUUCCACACAAUGAGUUUCUAGUCGCGGGUAAUUCGUAUUACCUUCUUCCACUUGAUAAAAAAAGAGGGACCAAAGUUGGACACGUAAGAUCGAAUAGUCUUCCUGUAAACACCCCUGCUCCUUACAGGAUGUCGUUUGAUAGUCGCCGAAUGUUUAAAAGAUCGUACACUGAAGCGAAUUCUACUAGGAAUAGUACUACUAAUGGUGGUUUUUGGAAAGUGAAACUUGUGAUAAGUCCAGAACAGUUGUUGGAGAUUUUGUCACAAGAAGGCAGGACACAGGAGUUGAUUGAGAAUGUGAGGACCGUUGCGAAAUGUGGGAAUGAGGCCGCGGUUUCUUGUAAUUCGUCGUCUGCGGCCGCGUUGUCUGAUCAGUGGAGUCUUUGCAGCAGUAGUAGAAAUGGUUCUAAAAAAGAUGUUGUAUUAGAGAUGUAA